UGUUCGUGCAAAAUGGCGGAAAUGGAAAGAAUUUUUCUGGUUUUGUGAAUAUUCAAUUGGAUUUUGGCUAUGUCUCGCCUAGCCGACUACUUCGUCAUAGUAGGAUACGACCAUGAAAAAGAACGGAGUGGGAUAAAGCAAGGAAAGAUCAUCCAGCGGUACCCUCAGAAAGACUGGGAGGACACACCGUUCAACCAGGGUAUCGAGCUGUUUUGCCAGCCGGCAGGAUGGUCUCUGUCCAUGCAUCGGCAGCCUCCCAAGUUCUUUGUGUCGGUACUGACGGACAUCGAUGCCGACCGCCAUUACUGCGCCUGCCUCACCUUCACCGAGCCCGUUGCCAUGCCGACCAGCAAGCCGGACGAUGAGGAUGCGGAGCGGGAUGAUGGAGGCCUGGUACAUGGCGCACUAAUGUUUGCACCCAAGUCUCUCGCAUUGGUCUCUAGGCUUGACUACUACGAAACCUUCAGGAACUGUAUAGGGAUCAUCUACACAGUGUACAUAGAGAACAUGCCCAUACAGCUGGAGACGUUGGUCGGCAACAUCCUUGGCUGCAUUCAAGUCCCUUCCCCAGGCGGCCCACAAGUUCGCUUUAGCAUCGGUGCUGGUGAUCGGCAGGCACUCCAGCCACCACUGUCAUCUAGUCUCCCUGUUACGCAUACAUCCGUGUACACGUUUUUUCAUCAGAUGGGUAUCCACAACUCGCUGACAUUGCUGUCAGCAAUACUGUCGGAUCACAAGGUGCUGUUCUUGUCAGAGAGCUACUCAAGACUAACAGAUGCGAGCCAUGCCCUUGUCUCGCUCUGCUUUCCACUUAAGUACAGCUAUGUGUAUAUUCCGCUGCUGCCGGCCGCACUGCUCGAGGUUCUAAGCACACCGACGCCGUUCAUCAUGGGUGUUCACUCAUCACUGAAGAAUGACAUUGCAGACAUGCUGGAUGUGAUUGUUGCGGAUCUGGAUGGCGGCAGCAUAAGCCUUCCUGAGCACAUCACUGCACCGAAGAUCCCAGACCCUGCCUACUCCAGAUCUCUUCGCUCACUUUUCACUGUGUUACAUCCAGAUUUGCAGAUUGCUGACUAUGCAUUUCCAUCAUCCCACGUGCGAGCUACCACUCCAACUAUGCUGGACAAGGAGAUCAGAGCUGUGUUCUUGCGUAUGUUCGCAGAACUGUUGCUUGGCUAUCGAUCCUGUCUCACUGUCAUACGUAUCCAUCCAGAACCCUUCAUCACGUUCCACAAGGCAAUGUUCCUCGGUCACAGAGGUAUGGUGGAGGAUGAGUUCAUGAACAAGGUGCUUGACAGCAUGUCGUUCAACACGUUUGUCAGCGAGCGCGGACCACCGUACAAAACACUCGACAUGUUGGAUGAGCUGUACGCGUCGAUUGAGAGAAUGCUGAGGGAGGAGGAGGAGAACCCUGAUCGGAUGCUCAAGAAUGUGCACGAACUAGCGCAGCAGCUUUACAUCAACGAGAAUCCGAAUCCACAGCCUUACGUGCAGAAGAUUCCACGGCCAACAGAGGGCUCUCACCUUCGCAUCCAUCAACCGAUGUUCCCCGUCAUCGACUGGGUUCAGGUUCAGGAUAUCGUCGACGAGGGCGUGUCGAAGCAGAACAUCAAGUCACGGUUGAAUCAGGCGCGGCCGCAGCAGCUGAAGAUGGUGCCGAUGGGACCAGACAUCGUGGCGAUCGGUCAGCGCCAGAUGGCGGUCGACAGCAGUACUAGACGGCUCGAGGUGCUGCGAAACUGUGUUAACUGCAUCUUCGAAAACAAGAUCGCGGAUGCGCGGAAGACGUUCCCGGCGGUGCUGAGGACUCUGAAGAGUAAGACGGCGCGUCUGGCGUUGACGCACGAGUUUGCGUUGCAUGUGCAGAGCAACCGUGCCAUGCUCGAACACCAGCAGUUUGAUCUCGUCGUGAGGCUCAUCAACUGCGCUCUGCAGAAUGACUCACCGAUGGACGAGCACGGUGUAGCCGCAGCUUUCCUGCCUCUAGUCACAGCUUUCUGUAGAAAACUCUGUACAGGCGUGAUACAGUUUGCAUACACCUGUAUCCAGGACCACCCCGUGUGGUCGAACGUACAGUUCUGGGAGCAGACGUUCUAUUCUGACGUGGAACGUCACAUCCGCCUCCUCUAUGUGGCGCCACAGGAGGGCCUCAUCGCUGAUGCAGAGCCAGCACUAGCGCCAUCUAGUCCUAGAGAGAAGCAAUCACCACUGGGCAGCAACUGGGGUGCUGAUGCCUUCCGGACUGGCAUCACGGCCGAGAACAGGCGAUCUGUCCUAAUGCGACCGCCACAGAAAAAAGCCUUAGAGAUUGCAGCCGAGCAGAUGCGCAUGUGGCCUCACUUGAGUCCGGAGGAGCAACAGGAGUGCAUACAGAAUGAAGAGUCGACCGUCUACAGUCAGGCGAUACACUAUGCAAACCGUAUCGUCUACUUGCGGGUGCCGCUUGACAUCUCCAAGGGAAUCCGCUCACCGAUGUCAUUCGAAGAGAGCACCAGCAACAGUAACUUCACAAAUAGCGUUGCUGAGAGUGACAGCUUUGAUGCGGAAUCUGGUUUUGAGGAGGACACAUCUGAGGUUGGUGCGCAGAUUAUUCGCUUCUGCUCGCGCUUCGUGGACAAGGUCUGCACAGAAGCCGGCGUCACAAACGAACACAUCCAGUCUCUCCACCAGAUGGUACCAGGUGUUGUUACUAUGCACAUUGAAACGCUUGAAGCUGUGUUCAGAGAAUGUAAGCGAUUGCCACCUAUACAGAAGCCCAAGAUACUGACACCAAGCCUGCUUAGUGGAGAAGAGAUAGUCAUGGGCGGACUUCGUGUCUUCCUUGUGCCUGAUGGACGUGACGUUGCAACGGGUGCUAACGGCGGACCACAGCUCCUGCCAGCAGAGGGCGCCAUAUUCCUCACGACUUACCGUGUUAUCUUCAAGGGCACACCCUGUGAUCCUUUCGCCUGCGAGCAGAUUGUGAUAAGAUGCUUCCCCAUCGUGUCGCUGACUAAGGAGAAGAAGAUUGGCAGUCAGUACUUGACCCACAUAGAGCAGACAAUGGCAGAAGGGCUUCAACUUAGAUCCAAUACAUUCCAGUUGAUCAAGGUUGCAUUUGAUGAGGAAGUGGACUCUGAGAAUAUAGAACACUUUCGCAAGAUGCUACAUCGGGUGUCGAUGCCACAGACUGUCUACCAGAUGUUUAGCAACAUUGCUGCCCAGCCCCCAACCCCUCUGCAUCGCGAAAAAAUGGCGAAAAAUGCUACGCUCAAGGCAAUGGCGAAAAAGACGAUCACAAAGACGGCGCGUCGCGUCGGUCUGAAGCAGAAGCAGUCGUCGAAGCGGCAGAAGUACGUGUUGCCGACGCCCGUCAUCCCCCGCCGCAUCGUCACAAUGUCGCAGACGUCGUACGAGAGCGACGCGUCGGCCAGCGGCGGUGAACGCCCGCUCAGCUCCAACUUUGAGGACGAACUCUCCGUAAUAGAUGAGGUUGGAACGGAUCACCCAUUUGCGAUGUUGCAGCGCUCAAACACCCUCGAAAAACUCAUUGAUAGAUGCUACUGCAAGGACUACCAAAGACUUGGCUUUCUCCACCAGUCUGCCGGGAUGUCUGUGUUCCCGUCUAAAAUCUCCGGAUCGUAUGAUCGCAAUCGCCUCUCGCCGAGAGGAGGGUCCAGAUGGGUGCACAACUUGCCAGGUCUCGGCACAAUCGGCAGCAACCUGACGCGGACCAAGAGCGAGUCGUUCCGCAUAUCGACGGUCAACGUCAACUACACGGUGUGUCGCACGUAUCCAGCCGCGAUCGUCGUGCCGUCAGCGAUCUCAGACGACAGCAUAGUGAAGCUGGCCAAGACGCACCGGCACAACAGGUAA